AUGGAGCUGGCAAUCUCUGCCGAUCCUCCUGGGACUCCUUCCCCACAAUGGCCACAAUGGCCACAGGGCUUCCUUGGUGGAAGCUCGAGGUACGGGAGGUCGGGUGGAUCCAACGCCCUUGAUGCGCGUGGGGCUGAGAUGCUGCAAGUUGUGUUAGAAAAUGCUGAAGGUUUCAUGGGAGACCUGGGUUGUGGCCCAGGACAUGCACCUCUACAUGUCUCCAGCAGUCCAAGUGUCGUUUGGAUUGCAGAGCUCUUCGCAAUCCUGGUGACUGUGGUCUUAGUGCUCUUCGCCACCCAACUGCAGAUCUCUCACUACUUGGCGGUCCGCAAGAAGCAGACGAAUAAAGCCUUGAGGAUGGCCUACCCGUGGAAAAGCUUGCCAUCGGCUGGGGAGAUCAUGGAGCUGGGGCCAACCUUCGCCACCAAUUUUCAGAGUGGCCUCAAGCAGUCCUUCUUAGCCAGAGGAAUGUCAGCAGCCACCGAGAAAGUGGCCUUGGUGUCCUUUCUCAUUCCCGCAGAGGCUGCUGGCAAGACACAGCCACGAGCCAUGCUGGAACGUCAUGGCAGGGUGCCAGCAGGCUCUCUGGGAGGCAAACGCGCUCUGGCCAGACACUUGAAGUACAUUCGACUGGAAUCCUUGGCCCCGAUGACAUUUCUCAGCCCAUGGGCACUGCGAAAGUCAUUGGAGCCCCGGGUGAAGUUCGUGGGAGUCGUGCAAGGCGUUGUGUCAGAAGCAAAGGCCGAAGGUCUUUGGUUCUUGAAGCAUUCGACCAUGGACCGAAAUGAGGGUGUGAUGUGCUUCAAAGGCGUCCGAAAUCUGCUGGCGCACUGGGACCAACUGCCCAAGAGCCAGAGAGGUUUCUACGUCGCCCAGGCAGAAGUGCCACGACCCAUGUUGAUGGAUGGUCGGAAGAUGAUGAUUCGCGCCUAUGUGAUCACUUUGCCUGAAGGUCGUUGCUUCAUGAACCGCGAGUUGCUUCUGAAAGGUCAUCCCCGAGCCUAUGAUCCCAAAGAUGCGGAUCCCUUGCGGCACGUGAUCUCAUGUGUGAAGUACGACGGGGUGACGUCAGCCAGAGGAACUCAAUGGGAGCACUAUGAGAAGGUUUGGCCGAAGAUCUCAAAGAUGAUGACAUCCAUCCUGGGCCCUUCGGCGGUUGGAACAGGAAGACUGCCCUUCACGCUGCGCGACGACUCGAUGAUUGACCUGGCAUGCCACCGGAUCAGUGACCGAUAUCAGGACUUGGUUUCAUGGUUCCAAUGGGGUCGAAAAGCGGGCGCGUUGCUCUACAAUCUUCUGGGCGUUGACAUCAUUGUGGAUCAGGAUUUGCGGCCAUGGCUGAUCGAGCUCAACCCUGGCCCUGCCAUGGGAAUUGACCAGAGGGACCCCCUGGCGACACAGCUGCGGGCAGAAGUCAUGGAGGAUCUGUGUCGACUUCUCCUUGAUCCGCUGCUGCGAAGUGUGCAGAUGACCAACAAGAGUGAGGAGCAGCGAUCCAAGCCGGGAACCCCGGAAACAUCCCGGUGCCAACUUCGAAAGCAUCACUCCGUGGAUUUGUUGAGAUUUGACCGAGAGUCCCGCGAGCUGAAGAAAAGCGGUCCGCGUGGUGCAGCUCCGACCGCUGCAUGUCGUGGCACGGGACAAAAGCGUCGCCCGGCCUCGGUGGUGCCGCCAUGUGCCGCCGAGGAUCAAAUGCAUGGCCUGCCUAUCGAGAGCAUUGUUCGACCAAAUGGCAUCAGUCCUUUGACUCAGCGUGUUCUGAAGAUUUCUGAAGUGCCUGCAAAUGAUGAGUACAACACCAACGAGCGAAUGAUGGGGAGGCAGACUCUGACAGAGGAGCAAUACUUGGCAAAAUUUGCUCCACCUCCAGCGGAAGAAGUCAAGGCGGAGGACAGCCCUGCCGAGGCCGAGGCUGAGGCGGAAGCGGUAUCUGUGUGCGUGGUUUUUAGGCACAAAGAAGAGAAGUGGAGCCAUCUUUUCAAAGUUCCAAAAGGCACUACCGUGAUGGACCUGAAGAAAAGCAUGGUGAAACCAACGAGUCCCAGCAAUGAUGCUUUGCUCUUCAGCCUAAAGAGAGGUAUGAUUCGACCGUCCCAUUUCGAUACCAUUGAUAGUGUUGGGCUUCCCAGAAACAUUGCCAUGGUGGUCAUAAGCCGGUCACAAGCUUUCGACAUCUUUCGACAUCUUUCGACCGAGGAUGAAACCUUUGACUUCUACUUCGUGGGCCUCGAGGCGAGCCGGGUCAGCCUUGAUGGAUCGGGACGGAUGAACGGCGCCAACGAGAGGAACAGGCCUAUCGCUAAUGAGUGCUUUGGCUGGGCGUCCAUUUUUCGUUUUUUCGUCUUGCCAGUGGCGCGAGACUCCGAGAAUCUCCGAGACGUGCUGUCUCACGGGGUUCGCAUCAGGAUGUCCAAACAUGGGGCCUUUUUAGGUUUGGAGGUCAGGAGGUCCUGGUGGCUGAGGUCAUACAAGGGCUUUGACGCCAUCCCAGAAGCGCAAGGCCUCUAUGAUCCUCGUAAUGAAAAGGAUAGCUGCGGCGUGGGAAUGGUGGCAGACUUGACAGGAAAGCCUGCCCGAGACAUUGUGGAUGGUGCCCUCCAGGUUUUAGAGAACUUGGACCAUCGAGGAGCCCGAGGCUGCGAGAAGGACACGGGCGAUGGUGCGGGUAUUUUGUGUGGCAUCCCCGACCGCUUCAUGCGGCGGGUCGCGUCGGAGUUGUCAGUGGAGCUGCCUCCUCCCCGCGAGUAUGCAGUGGGCAAUGUAUUUUUGGACCAAGGAGAGGAAGGUACAAAAGAAGGAAAGCGAAUUUUUGAACAGGUGAUGGCGUCCAUCCCUGGACUGAAACUGCUUUGCUGGCGAAGAGUACCAGUCGACUCGGAAUGCCUCGGUAAAACGGCCAAAGAUCAUGAACCGACCAUUGAGCAGGUUUUUAUUGCAGCAGAAGGCCAACUGAAGGACAUCAAGCGCUUCGAGGCAGCACUCUUCGUGCUGCGCAAGCGUGCGGCCAACCUGGCAGCACAGCAGCCGGGGCUGCCUUUUUACGUCUGCUCCUUGUCACCUCGAGUCUUGAACUACAAGGGAAUGCUUACUUGCCCAGGUUUAGUCAGAUACUUUUUGGACUUGCAAGAGGAUGACUUUGAAUCGCAUGUUGCGCUGGUCCACAGUCGCUUCUCCACCAACACCUUCCCGGCCUGGCGACGAGCCCAUCCCUUCCGCCACAUUUGUCACAACGGAGAGAUCAACACCUUGAAAGGCAACGUGAAUUUCGCCCGCGCGCGCGAGGGUUUGAUGAGCUCCGAACUUUUGGGAGCUGAACUGGAGCAAUGCUUUCCGCUGAUGGAGAUGGACCAGACAGACAGCGGCAUUUUUGACAACUUUCUGGAGGUUCUCGCAAUUUCAGGCCGCACUUUGCCUGAAGCCGUAGCGAUGAUGAUGCCUCCGGCCUGGGAAAACUCGGAUCAAAUGGAUGCGAAGAUUCGGGAUUACUACAAAUUCCAAGCCGCACUUUUGGAACCUUGGGAUGGCCCUGCCCUGGUUUGCUUCACGGAUGGCGAUGGUGUAGGAGCCUCGUUGGAUCGCAAUGGACUGCGCCCAUGCCGCUACUAUGUGACCAAUCAGAAGCGAAUCAUCAUCAGUUCCGAGUGUGGUGUUUUAAAGCUGCCCGUGGAGUCCAUCGUGGAGAAGGGCCGGCUGUCGCCGGGAAAGAUGCUGUGGGCAGAUUUUGCCAAGGGCACCGUUUCCAAGGACGCUGAACUGAAACACGCCUUUGCCUCACCCAAUCCUUGGGGCGAUUGGAUGAAGAGCGAGUCCAUCUCCAUGAAGACCUUGCUCGAGAGCAAGAAAGUGGAACCACCAACGAUCCCCGAAAACCUGCGAGCGCCUCUGCUGCGUGGCUUCGGGUACACCCAGGAGUCCCUGGAACUGCUGCUGAUGCCCAUGGGCAAGGAUGGAGAAGAGGCAUUGGGCAGCAUGGGAAAUGACACACCCUUGGCAUGCCUCUCUGAGCAGAACCGACCGGUCUUUGACUUCUUCUACCAGCUCUUUGCUCAGGUGACCAACCCCCCCAUCGAUCCGAUCCGAGAAGCGGUGGUGAUGUCACUAGGCUGCUGGGUGGGUCCUGAGACCAACAUCUUGGCGAAUCCGAGUCCAGCGCACUGCCAGCGCCUCUGGUUGGACCAUCCGUGCCUCUUGCCGGUGGAGAUGGCAGCCCUGUCCCUGACGCAGGAGUUGAAGGGCUGGGAGCUCCGCACCGUUGACGCCACCUUCCCCAUGAGUGAAGGCGCCGCCGGCUUGGAGCGUCACUUGACGCGCGUGGCCAGUGAGGCUGUCUGGGCCGCCAAGAAUGGCUACCAGAUUAUCGUCCUCUCUGACAGGUCCACCAGCGAGGAUCAGGUGCCCUUGCCCUCGCUGCUGUGCAGCGGAGCGGUGCAUCAGGCGCUGGUGAAGCAGAAGCUGCGCACCAAGGUCGCUCUGAUCAUGGAAAGCGGCGAGCCUUAUGAGGUAGCACACCAUGCAUUGCUGCUGACUUUCGGCUGCGAUGCAGUGUUCCCUUACAUGGCCUACGAAGCCCUGAGAGUCCUUGCGAGCGAAGGAAAGUUCGGAGCCGACUGGUCGGCAGAUCAAUGCUUCGGCAAAUAUCAGAAGGCCGUGGGCAAAGGACUGCUGAAGAUCAUGGCAAAGAUGGGCAUCUCAACGUUGCGCAGUUACAAGGGCGCGCAAAUUGCGGAUGCAAUUGGUCUUGGCAAGGAAGUGGCUGAGAUGUGCUUCACUGGCAUCGCUUCGCAGCUGGGCGGCCUGGGCUUUGAGCAGAUCGCCCUGCGCACGCUCUCGGUGCACGACCGCGGCUUCUCCCUGGACGGCGGCUACACGGUCAAGAGCCUCUUCGCGAGCUUGCCGAAUGAGGGCAAGUACCACUACCGCCAAGGCUCGGAUGCAGAGAAGCACUUGAACGACCCCAUGGUCAUCGCCAAGCUUCAGGAGGCUGCCCGAACCAACUCAAGGGCGGCUUAUGCAUCCUUUGCAGCCUUGCACAACAACUUGGUGAAGGCAUCCUCGAUUCGUGGACAACUUGACUUCAAGCCUCCCAGGAGCUACGGCCGCGCAGCGUUGCCCCUGGACGCGGUGGAACCUGCCAGCGAGAUUGUGAAGCGCUUCCGCACAGGUGCUAUGUCCUAUGGAUCGAUUUCCAUGGAGGCGCACAGCACCCUGGCCAUCGCCCUGAACCGCCUGGGUGGCUUCUCCAACACCGGCGAGGGCGGCGAAGACCCCGCCAGGUACGAGCCACUUCCCAAUGGCGAUUCUUUGAAGUCAGCCAUCAAGCAGGUUGCUUCAGGUCGUUUUGGCGUGACCAUGGAGUACCUCUCCAACGGCCUGGAACUGCAGAUCAAGAUGGCACAGGGUGCCAAGCCUGGUGAGGGUGGUGAGCUGCCAGGGAAGAAGGUGCAAGGCGGCAUUGCCAAGACCCGAAACUCAACUCCUGGGGUGGGUCUCAUCUCUCCUCCACCUCACCAUGAUAUCUACUCCAUCGAAGAUUUGGCGCAGCUGAUUUUCGACUUGAAGAACGCCAACCCGGACGCAGGUGUCAGCGUGAAGCUGGUCAGUGAGAUUGGUGUAGGUGUGGUGGCCACCGGUGUGGCCAAGUGCAAGGCCGAUCAUAUUCUGAUCAGCGGCUGCGAUGGUGGCACCGGUGCCUCCAAGUGGACAGGGAUCAAACACGCGGGCGCCCCGUGGGAGAUCGGCCUGGCAGAGACGCAUCAGACCCUGGUGCUGAACGGCCUGCGCGGACGCGUCACCUUGGAGACGGACGGCCAGUUGCGCACUGGACGCGAUGUGAUCAUUGCGGCACUGCUAGGGGCUGAAAGGUUUGGCUUCGCCACGGCGCCACUGAUUGCCAUGGGAUGCAUCAUGAUGAGGAAGUGUCACCUCAACACCUGCCCCGUGGGCAUUGCCACGCAAGAUCCGGUGCUGCGCAAGAAAUUCGAGGGCCUCCCGGAGCAUGUGGUGAAUUACCUCAUGCUGGUGGCUGAGGAGGUGCGUGUGCUGAUGGCCAAGAUGGGCUUCCGCAACAUGGAUGAGCUGAUUGGACAUGCCGAAGUCCUGCGGCAAGACCCAGCCCUGCGUGCUGGUCCCCUCCAGUUGGAGCCCAUCCUGGCUCCAGCGCAUCAACUGCCAGACGCCGGGAAGAUGGGCAAAGUGGAGAACCGAAAGCUCUACGGUCAGGAGCACUUCAUGGUGCUUCAAAGGAUGAUUGACCGAACUCUGGUGGAGGAGUGCAAGAUGACCUUCCGCUACGGCGAACGAAGCUACGUGGAGAGCCCUCACAUUAUCAAUGCCGAUCGCACAUGCGGAACAUUGUUGUCGCAUGAGAUUUUCAAGCGAUGGGGAUCCAGCUUGCCUCCCGGCACAUGCCAUUUGAAACUCAUGGGAACUUCGGGCCAAUCCUUCGGUGCCUUCGCAGUGAAGGGUGUCUUGCUGGAGCUUGAAGGUGAUUCUCAGGAUUACUUUGGCAAGGGCUUGAGUGGAGGUGCGCUGGUCAUCUAUCCCCCACGGAAGGCAGUGGCUGGAGGCUUUGAUCCUUCCAAGAACAUCAUCAUUGGCAACACCGCGCUCUACGGUGCGACCGCCGGGGUGGCCUUUGUCAACGGCAUCGCUGCGGAACGCUUCGCAGUGCGCAACAGUGGCGUUUGGGCCGUGGUUGAAGGGGCUGGCGACCACUGCUGCGAGUACAUGACAGGUGGCCGCGUGCUUGUCCUCGGAAGUGUUGGAGACAACUUCGGAGCAGGAAUGAGCGGCGGCAUCGCAUGGAUCUGGGAUCCUUCCAAGACCUUCGAGAAGCGCGCCCUCCCGCAGGACCUUGAGGUUGCGCGUGUCCAGAUGGACCAACCAUUGGAGGUCUAUGCAGAGGAAGAGAAGGACCUGAUUUCUCUCUUGGAAGCCCACAAGAGUUGGACUCACAGCAAGCUGGCAGCUAGCAUCCUGCAGAAAUGGCCUGCCAGUGCCAGUGAAUUUGUCAGGGUCUUCCCCAAGGAUUUCAAGGGUGCUGUGAAAGCUGCCAUUGAUCGAGGGGAGGUCUCGCCCAUAGGCUCGAUGCGUGAGUACCUUCCAUCCCAAGAAGCCCUGCUGGACCAUUCCAACAAGCAGCGCAUCCGCAAGCACCCCAAGGUGCGGAAGAAUUCCAUGGAGGAAAUUGUGGGAGAGCCUUCCGCAGGGCUGGACAUCGAGGAUAUGGCGGUCUUCCAAAAGACCACCAAAGGCAAUCGUCCAACGAAGAUUGAAGAUGCCAAGUUGGUGUCCACCUCCAACAGAGGUUUCCUGGAAGUGGAUCGUGGUGAUUUGCCCAAGCGAGGAGUGGCUGAGCGUGUGGCUGAUUUCCAAGAGAUUUUGGCCAAGAAAGACGAGGUGGCCGUGCAGACCCAGGCCUCAAGGUGCAUGGAUUGCGGCACACCUUUUUGCCAUCAGAGCGUCACGGACAAGUCAGGCUGUCCUUUGGGGAACCUGAUCCCAGAGUGGAACGAUUUGGUGCGAAAGGGCGCAUGGUUCGAUGCCUUCAAGCGCCUGAUGUCGACCAACAACUUCCCCGAGUUCACGGGGCGUGUGUGCCCUGCGCCCUGCGAAGGAGCAUGCACGCUUGGCAUCAUUGAUGACCCAGUCAGUAUCAAGUCAGUGGAGCUGACGAUUAUUGACAAAGCCUACGAUAUGGGUUGGAUGAAGCCUUGCCCCCCCAAGACCCGCACAGAGAAGAGGGUGGUGAUUGUUGGAUCUGGACCCUGUGGUUUGGCUGCCGCCGAUCAGUUGAACAAGAUGGGCCACCGCGUCACCGUGCUUGAGCGAUCAGACAGAAUUGGAGGUCUCAUGAUGUACGGGGUGCCAAACAUGAAGACCGACAAGGUCGACGUGGUGCAACGACGUGUGAACAUCAUGAAGCAGGAGGGCGUGAAUUUCAUUUGCGGCCCCCAGGGACGUGUCGCAGAAAGCAGCCAGGAGGCCGCCAUUGAUCAGGGUACCAACAUGGGCCCACGUGCAGCUCAGCUUCUUGAGGAGUAUGAUGCAGUGCUACUGGCCGUGGGUUCAACGGUGGCGCGUGACAUGCAGACGGUCACUGGCCGCGACUUGAAUGGUAUCCACCUUGCGAUGGACUACCUGACCUUCAACACCAAGGCGCUGUUGGAUGGCGGUGACGUCAGCAACAAAUGGCGACGCUGGUGGGGAGCCAAGAAGAAUGGCACCGACCCAAAGGUCUUGGACGCCAAGGACAAGAAGGUCAUCGUCAUUGGAGGUGGCGACACCGGCAAUGACUGCAUCGGCACGGCCGUGCGGCAGGGAGCCAAAUCCGUCAUCAACCUGGAGCUCAUGCCCCAGCCGCCCCAGACCCGAUCGCCCAAUAAUCCCUGGCCUCAUUGGCCCCUGGUUUUCAAGGUGGACUACGGCCACGAGGAGGCGGCCCCAUUGAACAAGAACAAAGAUAUCCGAGAAUAUGGUGCUCUGACCAAGGAGGUCCUGGAUGAUGGCCAUGGCAAUGUGAAGGGCAUCAAGAUGGUGAACGUGCGAUGGGAGAAGAUCGACGGCCAGAUGCGUAUGUUGGAACAGCCCGGGAGCGAAAAGAUCCUCGAGGCCGACUUGAUCCUCCUGGCACUUGGCUUCUUAGGUCCAGAGCAUCCAUUGGCAAACGCUUUCGGCGUGGACAUGGAUGAGAGAGGGAACUACAAGGCGCUGUACCAGAAGAGCGAGGGCGACUUUCAGACCUCCAAUCCCAAGGUCUUGCUGAAUCAGAGCGCCAGGUCUUUGCAGCGGGUGAUUGCAGACGUGGUCAGUCACUGGUGGUCUGGGCUAUCAAGGACAUCGGAUCAACAAGAUCUUACCAGCUAUGACUAG